AUGCCACCGAGAAGUUCACACGUGGACGCGGCGCACCGACCAGUCGUGCCGCCGCGUCCAAAGCCGUCGCAACUUUGCUUCCGCAUCGGUCAGCCUCGCGCGAAAUCGUCGUCAUCGCCACCGCCGGCGCCGCUGUUGUAUUUUUUUCUCCCCGCCAGAAAACCAAAAUUUUCCUUCGACACUGUUGACUUAUUGGAUUGGGAAGAAUCUGAAAUGAUAUCCAUGAGAAAUUGUUGGUGUUAG